GCUGAGAGAGGCUGAGCAGAACUUAUUCCUUCACUCUCGUUGACUGAUAGUUCUGGUCCUGAACAUAAUGAAGAUCGAAGUCCUUUUCUGUUUACUGUUUGUGGCUGUGGCCAGUGCUCUCAUAGAUGAACCAAAUGACCCUGUGAAUGAAGACAAUGGGAUGUGCCCCGAAGACUUUUACAGAAAGUAUCCUGAAGCAAUGAAAUUUAGGAAUAAAAAUGGAAAACGACGCCGUUUCCCUGACUUCAGCAAAAUGCCUGACUGCGGCGCAGAUGGAGCUUGUGAGGGUGAUCUAAAAUGCUGCCGUUCCCCCUGUGGCAUGAAAUGCAUGAAACCUUUGUUUGAUAAAGAUGCCCAAAAAGCAGAGUCAGAGAAUUUUAGUGAAGAAUCUGCUGAGGACCUGGAAGUUACAGAAGAUGACGAAAGACUUGGAAUGUGCCCUUAUAAGUAUUUGAAAACUCACCCAGAGGUGGAAAAGAAAAUGCACGAGAUGUUCAAGAAACAGAGGGGUUUACUAAAGCACAAAGGUUGCAAAAAGGGUGACAAGUGUACUCACGAUCAUGACUUUAAAUUUCCCAACUUUACCAAAAUGGUCGCCUGUGUGGAAGACAGAGACUGCGGAGACAACAUGAGAUGCUGCAAAUCUCCGUGUGGAAUGAAAUGCAUGAAAGGAAUAUUUACGGAGGAAGACUUUUUUUCACAGUUUGAAAAUGCCAAAAAUGAGAGGAGUAAACGAGACGUGGAUGAAAGUAAUGGAGAUGAGAGUGAAAAUGAAGAGCAAGGGGAAGAACAUGGACUAGGGCAUGCUAAAGGGGCAGAACAUGGAAAGGGACAUGGCAAAGGAAAGGGCCAAGGAAAAGGGGCAGAACAUGGUAAAGGGCAUGGGAAAGGAGCAGAACAUGGUAAAGGGCAUGGGAAAGGAGCAGAACACGGUAAAGGGCAUGGGAAAGGAGCAGAACAUGGUAAAGGGCAUGGGAAAGGAGCAGAACAUGGUAAAGGGCAUGGUAAGGGACUAGAACACGGGAAAGGGCAUGGACAAGCAUUACAAAAUGAAGAUAGUCAGGUUCAGGAGGAAAAAGAACAAGUUAGGCAAAAAAGAUUUUUAGAUGGUUUACUACCUGAAGAGGCAGAAGGUGCAGGCAUGGACUUUGGCCAAGGACAAGGUGAAGGACAGGAACCAGGCCAGGGAAAGGGCAAGGGAAAAGGUAAAGGUAAAGGAAAGGGGAAAGGUAAAGGUAAAGGAAAGGGGAAAGGUAAAGGAAAGGGGCAAAGUGGAGGACAGAUGCAAGAACAAGAAUAUUAAAUGGAAAUGCCCUGAUUCUGACAACAAGGAUGCAUUCACAGUUCUUCCAUGUACAAAUAUGACAAGCAUUAAAAAAAAUUAAAAAAAUCUUUUUGUU